AUGACGCCAAAAAACGUUAAAAAGCUCCAUAGAUUAUUACAGAAGAAGGUUCACUCGACUGCAAAAAUGGAAAACAAACUGUUGAAAAUAUUCGGUGUACAACCCAAGUUGAUCUGUGCACGGAGUAAGGUUAGGAGUGUUUACUUACACGAAUUGGUAUUCUGUUUCAAUGAAGCAUCAUCACUCGUCAACUGUCCAUCAGAAUACGCUAGCCAUCUAGAGAAAUUUAAACCUGAUGAGUAUGUGAAAGAUAAGAAAUUACUUCGUGGGCAAAUUGAGUAUCAAAUCUUGUGUCCAGCCAAGUUCAUCAUUCCUGGUUACAAAAUACUUGGAAACGCCAAAAGAUACACACGUUCCAUCCACGUCAAUCCUAAUGAGAAUUAAUUAUGAUGCAGAUGAUGGGGAUGAAUUUGAUAAAGAUUAUCAUCAUUAUGAGUAGUAUUGAACUUUUGUUACUCUAUUAAUAUGGGAAUCAUAUUGAUGAUGAUAAUGUACCACUCACUUUUCAUUUGAUGUACCCACUUCUUGUAAUGUAGUCUCUAACAAAUAAAAUACAUCUUACUUUUCAA